UCCUAGGUCACAGAAAGUUUAAGAGUGCUUAACAGAGUAGAGUUAUUUCUUUUUGCCUCAGGUUUUUCACACUGAAAGGAUGUUACGGGUUUUGCUGCUUGCCUUCUCUGUGGUUGUCUUUGCUCAUGCUGAGCUCUGCAAGCCAGAUGCACAGAAUGCUUUCAAAGUACGGCUUAGUAUCAAAACAGCUUUGGGAGAUAAUGCAUAUGCCUGGGAUGCAAAUGAGGAGUACCUCUUCAAAGCAAUGGUGGCGUUUGCAAUGAGAAGAUACUCCAGCAAGAGCACAACUCAGAUUUCCAAUGUGCUGCUCUGCAACGUGACAGAUCGGGUGUCCUUUUGGUUUGUGGUCACAGAUUCUGCCAAAAAUGUGACGACUGUUCCUGGAAGUGAGGUAGAGGCCGCUAUCAGGAUGAAUCGGAACAGAAUCAACAGUGCUUUCCUACUGAAUGACAAAACACUGCAGUUCCUGAAGAUAUCCUCCACCAUAUCACCACCCGUUGAACCCUCCACACCGGCCUGGCUCAUCGUAUUUGGUGUCGUUCUUUGUCUCACUGUGGCUGGGAUUAUUUUCCUCAUUGUUUCAGGGAUUCAACGGCGCAAGAAAAAGAAUAAAGAGUCGUCAGAUACAGAAAAUUUGGAAGAAAAAUGUGAAGUGACAGUAACAAUAGAAAAUGGGAUUCCCUGUGAAACACUGGAUUUAAAAGCAGGCCACAUUAAUGGAGUCUACACAGCCGAUGAUGAACGGUUCGCGUCCUUAUGAAAUGCUGCCAUUCCUGGCUGGUGUGUUUUUGAAAGACUCUUAUGCCUACUUUAUCUCGUCACUACUCCUGAAUGUCAAACAUGAAGACAAGAAAAAAUGUCCUUUCACUUAAUUUCCCUUGAGAGAAGCUUUUGCUGAUAACAUAUUCACUCAAACCCCCAUUACGGAGCUUUUGUUCGUGAGCAAAGCAAAUGAGAAGACCUCAAAUGAUAGCUGUUAAACAUUUCUAAAAGAUGUGCGGUAGAACAGGGUUGAAGCCUGCCUUGUGUCAGGCAUUUAAUUUUUAAUAA